GGAGUGACCGGAGAAUGCUGCUAGCACCAUGAGCCUCCUCAACAAGCCCAAGAGUGAGAUGACCCCAGAGGAGCUGCAGAAGCAGGAGGAGGAGGAGUUUAACACUGGGCCCCUGUCGGUGGUGCUUAGGCAGUUGGUCAAGAACAACACCCAAGUGCUCAUCAACUGUCGCAACAACAAGAAGCUCCUGGUUUGCGUCAAGGCUUUCUGCAGGCACUGCAACAUGGUGCUGGAGAACGUCAAAGAGAUGUGGACCGAAGUUCCCAAGAGUGGCAAGGGCAAGAAGAAGUCCAAGCCUGUCAACAAGGACCGCUAUAUCUCCAAGAUGUUCCUACAUGGGGGCUCUAUCAGCGGCAAAUAG